AUGACCAAACUGAGCGCCCAAGUCAAAGGCUCCCUCAACAUCACCACCCCUGGGGUGAAAAUAUGGAGGAUUGAGGCCAUGCAGAUGGUGCCUGUUCCUCCCAGCACCUUUGGUAGCUUCUUUGAUGGUGACUGCUAUGUACUCCUUGCUAUCCACAAGACGGGCAGCAACCUGUCCUAUGACAUCCACUACUGGAUUGGCCAGGCCUCGUCCCAGGAUGAGCAAGGGGCGGCUGCCAUCUACACCACGCAGAUGGACGACUUCCUGAAGGGCCGGGCUGUCCAGCACCGAGAGGUCCAGGGCAACGAGAGCGAGGCUUUCCGUAGCUACUUCAAGAAGGGCCUUGUGAUCCGGAAAGGGGGAGUGGCUUCUGGCAUGAAUCACGUGGAGACCAACUCGAGCGAGGUCCAGCGGUUGCUGCAUGUGAAGGGCAAGAGGAACGUGGUGGCCGGAGAGGUGGAGAUGUCCUGGAAGAGUUUCAACCGUGGGGAUGUUUUCCUCCUGGACCUCGGGAAGCUUAUCAUCCAGUGGAACGGGCCAGAGAGUAACCACAUGGAGAGACUCAGGGGCAUGACCUUGGCCAAGGAGAUCCGGGACCAGGAGAGGGGCGGGCGGACCUACGUGGCCGUGGUGGAUGGGGAGAACGAGAAGGCGUCCCCGCAGCUGAUGGAGGUCAUGAACCAUGUGCUGGGCAAGCGCAGGGAGCUGAAGGCAGCAGUGCCUGACACAGUGGUGGAGCCUGCACUCAAGGCCGCCCUCAAGUUGUACCACGUGUCCGACACGGAGGGAAAGCUGGUGGUCAGAGAAGUCGCCACGCGGCCACUCACGCAAGACCUGCUCAAUCACGAGGACUGUUACAUCCUGGACCAGGGGGGCCUGAAGAUCUACGUGUGGAAGGGGAAGAAGGCCAAUGCCCAGGAGAGGAAAGGAGCCAUGAGCCAGGCCCUGAACUUCAUCAAAGCCAAGCAGUACCCCCCGAGCACGCAGGUGGAGGUGCAGAAUGAUGGGGCCGAGUCCGCCGUCUUCCAGCAGCUCUUCCAGAAGUGGACAGUGCCCAACCAGACCUCAGGCCUGGGCAAAACCCACACCGUGGGCUCCGUGGCCAAGGUGGAGCAGGUGAAGUUCGAUGCCACGUCCAUGCAUGUCCAGCCUCAGGUGGCUGCCCAGCAGAGGAUGGUAGAUGACGGGAGUGGGGAGGUGCAGGUGUGGCGCAUUGAGAACCUCGAGCUGGUGCCUGUGGAGUCCAAGUGGCUGGGCCACUUCUAUGGGGGCGACUGCUACCUGCUGCUCUACACCUACCUCAUCGGAGAGAAGCCGCACUACCUGCUCUACAUCUGGCAGGGCAGACAGGCCAGCCAGGAUGAAAUCACAGCCUCGGCCUAUCAAGCCGUCAUGCUGGAUCAGAAGUACAACAAUGAACCGGUCCAGAUCCGAGUCCCGAUGGGCAAGGAGCCACCUCAUCUCAUGUCCAUCUUCAAGGGACAAAUGGUGGUCUACCAGGGAGGCACCUCCCGGGCUAAGAACCCGGAGCCCGAGCCCGCCACACGGCUCUUUCAGGUCCGAGGAACUAGCGCCAAUAACACUAAGGCUUUUGAGGUCCCAGCCCGGGCCACCUCCCUCAACUCCAAUGAUGUCUUCAUCCUCAAGACCCAGUCCUGCUGCUACCUGUGGUGUGGGAAGGGCUGCAGCGGAGACGAGCGGGAGAUGGCCAAGAUGGUUGCUGACAUCAUCUCCCGGACAGAGAAGCAAGUGGUGGUGGAAGGGCAGGAGCCGGCCAACUUCUGGGUGGCCCUGGGUGGGAAGGCGCCCUAUGCCAACACCAAGAGACUGCAGGAGGAAACCAUGGUCUUCACCCCCCGGCUCUUUGAAUGUUCCAACCAGACUGGGCGCUUUCUGGCCACAGAAAUCCCCGACUUCACUCAGGAUGACUUGGAAGAGGACGAUGUGUUUCUGCUCGAUGUCUGGGACCAGGUCUUCUUCUGGAUCGGGAAGCAUGCCAAUGAGGACGAGAAGAAAGCCGCUGCCACCACAGUGCAGGAAUACCUCAAGACCCACCCCAGUGGCCGGGACCCUGAUACCCCCAUCAUCGUGGUGAAGCAGGGACACGAGCCCCCGACCUUCACGGGCUGGUUCCUGGCAUGGGAUCCCUUCAAAUGGAGUAACGCCAAAUCCUACGAGGACCUGAAGGCAGAGCUUGGCAACUCUGGGGACUGGGGCUGGAUCACAUCUGAGAUCACAAACCCUAAACCCGACGUGUUCAAUGCUAACAGCAACCUCAAUCCUGGGCCUCUACCUGUCUUUCCGCUGGAGCAGUUGGUGAACAAGCCAGUGGAGGAGCUCCCUAAGGGUGUGGACCCCUGCAGGAAGGAGGAGCACCUGUCCCUUGAGGAUUUCACCAAAGCCUUGGGGAUGACUCCAGUUGCCUUCUCUGCCUUGCCUCGAUGGAAGCAACAAAACCUUAAGAAAGCCAAUGGACUAUUUUAAGAGUAGCUUCGGUUGCAAAGCAGUUUUGUUUUGUUAUUACUGGUACUAAUCCUUUACUAAUUGAGAAAUUUUACUUGUACCUGUGAGCAGCAGUCUGUGGCAAUGCUUCUGUUUACUAACCUAUUCCUCCACAAAGAUGAUGCCUCCAGAAGGAGGCUGUGGUCCCAAUUUCAGCUCUCAAGAAGGUGGUUGCCAUAUGAUUUCACUCACACGUGGGAAUAAAAUUGAAACUCAUAGACACAGACAACAGUAUUUGGGUUACCAGAGAGAAAGGGGGGAGGGU